AUGUCCAAGCGGAAGAUCGAAAGCGUUGAUCCGUUUGAUUCCAGACAAGAUGUCGUAAAACUUGUUCCGCGGCCAGUUACUCCUUUUUCGCCAGCAAAGUACGAGGAAAGAAGACACUAUCUUCGAAUAUUCCAUGAACAAUUGAAGAAACUAGGAACCCCUAAUGCUGUUGUUACCGCUGUUGAUCAAGAACAUGAUGUGGCGACCAAGAGCAAAACGCAGCCGGAAUACGUUCGAAUGAUCAAGCGACGGAUGUAUGAGAUAGUGAAGAAAAAGCCCAAGCUUGAUUCUACUCCAAAAGGUCUGUCUAGCGAGGAAUAUAUCCGGAGGUUGCAACAAUUAUGUGUUUCCAGACAGAUGCUGCUGAGACACGGCUUCAUCUUGGAUGUGCCGGAGGCAAGGAAACAUAGUGAGAUACUUGAGUGCGCACAUUGCAAAGUGACAUUUUUGGCUGCUGAGGAGUAUCUACCGACUCAUAAGAGCGUGUGCAAGUUUCAUCCAGGGAAAAUCAUCACCAGUUUAAGCUCUGGAAUCAAAAAAUGGAACCACAACUAUGCGAACCGCCACUAUUCAUGUUGCAAUGAGACUCCUGGCCACACGGAGGGUUGUCAAGAGCUGGACAAGCAUGUUUUUAAGUUGAAUGAUCCGGCAGAAAUGCAUUUUCAGCGGCCAUUUGCAACCAUCGAAGAAUUGCGCGAAAAGUACAACAUUAAAGAUAAGCCUGAAUACUCAGCUAUCGGCCUGGACUGCGAGAUGUGCUACACCUCUUGCGGGUUCGAAAUGAUGAAAUUGAGUCUUGUCAAGUUCCCAGAGUGCACUCUGAUCAUGGACGAGAUUGUCAAACCCAAGGGCGAUGUAAUUGAUCUGAACACGUUUGUUUCUGGCGUGGAGUCGAUUCCGGAAAACGCAAUGACGUGGGAGCAAAUGCUGGAGAAAAUGGCGCGACUCACCGACGAGAAUACCGUGAUUAUUGGACACGGCUUGGAGAACGAUCUCAAUGUGUUGCGGAUUGUCUACCCCAAAAUCGUGGACACAGCAGUGCUGUUUUCAGAGAAGACAGUCGACCCUCGUCGCAAAGAUCCGCUGAAAAAACUUGCGUGGCGGUUUUUGAGCAAGAACAUCCAGGGUGGGCAGCAUGACUCGCUCGAAGACGCGAUUAUACCACUCGAGAUUGUCAAGAAACAAAUUGAGAAAAUGCCUCCUACUUCCGUCUGA